ACCGAUCAAUGGAAAGAGCUGACGACAUCGGCUCGGUCAUGUGAUCAGCUGUAAACAAUAACAGCUGAUCGCAUGUAAAUAAGGAAAUGCUGGUUAUCAGCAUUUCUCUCCUCACAAGAUGUCGCGCUGACAGCUCGGCACUGAUGAUCAGUGUGCCAUGAUGAUCAGUGUGGCCCCAUCAGUGCCACCUGUCAGUGUCCAUCAAUGCCAGCUGUCAGUGCUCAUCAAUGCCACCUUCCAGUGCCACAUCAGUGCCACAUAUCAGUGCCUACCAGUGCACAUCAAUGCCACAAAUCAGUGCCCAUCUGAGCUGCCUUUCAGUGCCACCUAUCAGUGCCAGUCAGUG